AUGGCACCGGUCCAGACAUUCAGCUCUAGCCCCAUCGUCGCGGCCAAGGCUCCCACGGCGACGUCGCAUUCGCCCACCGCGAGCAAGACUGCGCCAGCCACGGCUACCGCGGCCCCGUCCUCCUCCGCCUCCUCCUACUCGCCAAGCCACGGACAAAUUCCGCCGGCGCAACCUGGAGCCAGGCCCUCGAUCCCCGCGGCGACCUCAUCCGCCUCGUUAUCCCCUCGGGGCGCGACCGGACAUGCCGCGGCCAUGCUUCCCACGCCCACCCAGCCGCUUCCCAGCGACAACUACAGCCCUCCCGCGCCACAACCCGGCGCUGCGCCCAUGCCCCCAGGCGCUGCUGCUGCUUCGACAUCGAGCACGCUGCCUCCGCCUCCCAAGAGUGGCGAGACGCUCGGUCGCGAGCACACUGGCGCUGCCGCCCAGCUUCCCAGGGCGCUGCCCGCACAGCUGUCCUACCCCCCGCCCACGGCGUCGCACACAUCUCUCCGAGGCACCUCUGCCACGAUACCGUCGCCGUAUGAAGUGGGCGGCGGCGGCGGCCCCAUGCAGCUCCCCGGCAUCGCUGGCGCUGGCGGCGGCGGCAUCAACCUUGCGACGGACCUGUCGCACCCGCCGGGCUACCAGCAAGACGCGCAGGCGGCCGAGUUCUCCAGCGGCCAGCGUGCGGCGCACGAGGCGUACGUGGCGCAGCAUAGUAACAGGCUCACGAGCGGCCUGGGGAUGGGGCUGGGAGCGGGGGAGGGAGGAGGAGGAGGAGGAGGAGGAGCGGGCGACGCAGAGGGCAGCACCAUUUGGAACACGGCCAAGAAGUGGGCUUCAGCCGCCGGGGACACCCUGGCAGCGGCGGAAGGUGAGGUCUGGAAAGCCGUGAACAAGGAUCACAAGUAG